GUGAGCGGGGAAGGGGUGGGUCCGGUGGCUCUUAAAGGGGGCACGGCCCGCGGUGGGGUCCUCUCAGCACGGAAUGGAACGCGGACCGGCAGAGGAGCUUCUCCUCACGGACUCGGCCCGUGGGGGUCGUCCACGGGCCCCGGAAUGCAUCCGGCGCCAGAAGCGCCGGGAACUGGACGCGCGGCGCAGCAAGUGCCGCAUCCGCAUCGGGGGGCACCUGGAGCGCUGGUGCCGCCUCAAGGAGCAGCUUGGAUUCACCCUGCACUCCCAACUGGCUCAGUUCCUCCUUGACAGGUCACUGUGGGGGGCUCAAAAACCAUUAAAACCCACCUGGCAUAGGGAAAAUCCAGGUUUCUGCCUGCUCACAUCUGUCUUCCCAUGCAGGUACAGCUCUCAUGGCUGCACCUGGAGCCCAGGAGAGCCACAGCUGGAGCGGCUACAGCCAGCUGCACUGCAGCACCUGGUUGUGCUGUCCCACGGCCAUGGCCAGGAGUGUGGCUUCGUGCCGGACAUCCAGCCACCGGCACCAGGCAGCGGAGGCCCGCUGAUUUGGGAGUGCGUAGCUGGGCACCGCUUCUCGUGGGGUGGCUCUGGGUUCCCGAACGGCCCCUCCUGCGACCCCCCGAGGGCUGCCCACAGGUGCAGCCCCUCCCCAGAUGCUGGGCACCGGCACUCACGCCUUAGGGCCAUGCCAGGCUCCGACAAKGCCAGAGCGGACGGAGCAGCUGGGUCACCCCAUGCUGAUAGGGAUCAGGGCAAGGAGCCAGGAGAUGGCAGUGACAGUGUUGGCACAGCCCCCCACGUGCCACCAGAACCAGAGCCUGUGGCAGCAGCUGGCAGGCAGAGAGUGGUGACAACCGCAAGCAUCCCCCGCAGCGCCAUGCCAGGGGAGGAUGUGGAGCCAGGAGUUGAGCCCAGUGAGGAAGAAGAGGAUGAGGACUUCGCCGAGGAUGGUGACCUGGCCUAUACCGAUGACUCGCGUGAUGAGAACUACCACCCGGCCGUGGACAGCAACUCAGAGCUACGGCAAUGCCAGAGCCGACCCAAAGCCCACAAGAAACCAGUUGAGGAGGAGCAGUCCCAGCUCAACCCACCCCUACCCAGUUCUUGCCCCUCACAGGAAAACAGACAGAUCGGCUCUGGAAACACCCCAGAUGUGGCUGGAAGAGGGACCACCCUUCCUGGAGAUCCAAUCCRUGAAGUUGCCAGCAGCAACCACAGGGAAGUGACGAGGACAUCGCUCAGAUCGGCCCCAAGAGGAUCAGGUACCAGGAAAGAGGAGAAAAGGGGCCAGAGAAGCUUCCAGGGCAUUCCUGGGAAGAGAAGCUCAGCUCUUCCAUGGGGGGACAAUCAUGAGAUUCUGAAAGGGACUAUUUGCUUCAUUUUAGAUUUUAUGGGUGGGAAAAAGGGAAGGUGGAAGAAGAAGAUGGAGCAGGGGCCAGAUGGAUUUCCCACCAUUUUUCCAACUCUUCUUUAUGCCAGUUAUUUUCCCCACAUUUUGUCUGGCAGGAAGGCGGCAAAGCGUGAGAUCCUCCUGUGCGACUUCGAGGGCUGUGGCAAAAUCUUCUCCAACCGCCAGUACCUGAACCACCAUCAGAAGUACCAGCAUGUGCACCGGAAAACCUUCACCUGCUCUGAGCCCACCUGCGGGAAAUCCUUCAACUUCAAGAAGCACCUGAAGGAGCACGAGAAGUUGCACAGUGACAAGCGGGAUUACAUCUGUGAGUUCUGUGCCCGCUCCUUCCGCACCAGCAGCAAUUUGAUCAUCCACCGACGGAUCCACACCGGGGAGAAGCCGCUCCAGUGUGAGAUCUGUGGCUUCACCUGCCGCCAGAAAGCMUCCCUGAACUGGCACAUGAGGAAACACGAUGCCGACUCAUUCUACCAAUUCCCGUGUGACAUCUGCGGGAAGAGGUUCGAAAAGCGGGACAAUGUCACCGCCCACAAGAGCAAGAGCCACCCUGAGGGACUUGGGGGACCCCCCAAGUCCGAGGGAAUCCAGCGGUACCCAGAGCCCCCUGGGCCAAUAGAACCUCUGGAGCUGAUUGGGGACGUCCUGGAGAGCAGGGGGAACACAGGGAGGACCCCGCCGGAGUAUCGGGGGAGGGACGGUGGGCACGAUCCAGGAACAUGCCAAGGCGAGGGAAUGGGCGGUGGGGGGUCCUAGAGGGGCUCAUCCCCCAUUUGGGGACUGGAGCAGGAUCGGGGACAGUGCUGGUCCCUGAAGCAUCGCCGGGUGCCAAUAAUAAAUGGGAGAAGCAAAACGGGGAAAAAUUACAAUUUUUGCUGCAAACCCUGGGCGAAAUCCCAUUUUCUCAGCCAAAUCCCUGGGGAAAAUCUCCAGUUUUUCUGCCAAAUCCCAGCUUCCCUCRAGCCCAGCAAUGUUGCCCCAGCUGGAUCUUCAAUAAAGACUUAUUUUGGGUAAAAGUGGGAUUUGGUGGCAGAUUUCUAUGG